ACCCGCCAGGGAUAGAGCUGCAUUUUAAUACAGGAACAUCUUCCCUGGCAAAAAUAACAAAAACACCCACAUCGAGAACAGCCAUGUCUGUGAAUUAUGCCGCUGGACUCUCCCCGUACGCGGAUAAAGGUGUCUGCGGGCUUCCAGAGACGUUUGACAGUCCUGAGGAGCUAAAGGCGAAGGCAGAAACCCUCGUUCAGCUGAUUAAAGAGUCUCAGUACUUGGUUGUCCACUCUGGAGCAGGAAUCAGCACCUCAGCAGGAAUACCUGACUUCAGAGGCCCCAAGGGUGUUUGGACACUAGAACAAAAGGGUGAGUCACCACACUUUGACACCACGUUUGAAGAUGCCCGACCCAGCCUGACUCACAUGGCACUGUUGGGACUGCAGAGGGCCGGGUACCUUAAGUAUCUCAUCAGCCAGAAUGUGGAUGGUCUACACGUCCGAUCAGGCUUCCCCAGGGAUAUGUUAUCAGAGCUUCAUGGAAACAUGUUUGUGGAGGAGUGCGAGAAGUGUGGCAGGCAGUAUGUAAGAGAGAAGGUGAUCGGAGUGAUGGGCCUGAAACCAACAGGGCGUUAUUGUGAUGUAGUACGAUCCAGAGGACUCAGGGCCUGCAGAGGAAAGCUGAUUAGCUCAAUAUUGGACUGGGAGGAUGCUCUUCCUGAUAGAGACUUGAACAAAGCAGAUGAUGCAAGCAGACGAGCUGACCUGGCACUGACGCUCGGCACAUCCAUGCAGAUCAAACCCAGCGGAGACCUUCCGCUUCUCACCAAACGCAAAGGAGGGAAAAUAGUCAUUGUCAACCUGCAGCCCACAAAACAUGACAAGCAUGCCUACCUGCGUAUCAGUGGUUAUGUGGAUGAGGUCAUGAAACAUGUGAUGGAGCUGCUCGAAUUGGAAAUUCCAAAGUGGGACGGUCCAACCAUCUGUGAAAGCUCCACAACCACCUCUGGGGCAGCCACUGACCGCAAACCACUAUGUGUAGAUAAUGUAAAGAGAGAGGUAAAAAAGGACUUGAUCAAAGAGGAAAGGAAAAGAGAAGCAACGUCACCGAUGGAGGACGGGAAAGUUGAGGAGGACAGCAUUCCUGUAAAGAGGGAAAGAGAAGACUCCCCUGCAGAGCUUAUCUUCAAUCAUCAAAGUCUGAGGAUAUGAAAUUCUUCUGCCUGUUGUUCAAACAUGGAGCACCUGCUGCUGAUUAGCUAUAAAAGACCAUGAUCCUCCCGUAUGUUUCCAAAAAUGUAUUUUAUCUCAGGAAAAUUCUACUGUACUCUGAUUGAAAAGGUCACUUAAUUGUUUUUUUUUUUAUAUACAUCUGUUUCAACAAUAAAUAGAGCAUG